CUGGUUAUCGCAUCAUUAUGUGAAGAAGACAGCGGCUUUGUUUACUUUAAAGAUGGAUGGUGAAAAGAUAUUUCCCACAGCUCUUUUGAGGAUCUAAUUUAAUAUUUAUUCCGACCAUGUAAGAUACCAACCCGCAUUAUGGAGGAAUCGUGGGAUUUUGAGUUCUUGUCUCGUAUGGUUGACAGUCUCGUGUCCUUUCUGUCAGAAUUCGUGGACGACUGGCUGGCCAACGACACGAGAGUAGCAGUGUUUAAAAUACUGUUCAGCUGGCUUAUCCUGAGCCUCAUAGCGAUCCACUUUGCGUGGAAAGUGUACGGGAACAUUGUCAACGAUAUGUACUACAGACAGGGUACUGGAGGACAGAAUGGUGGGACACCUGACACAGCCCCCCACCGAGGAUGGGAGACUGCAGCUGGUGAUGGUAAACCCCACCGCGAGUGAUUUUCCAGCAACUGUAUUAACAGCCCAACCUUCCAUUAUACGUGUGAUACACUGUGUCUGUGAUGUGGUACAAUAGGCUACUCAAGACCAAAAGGCAUGAAUAUGUGCUCGACAACACCAACAGAAUGGAGCUGUGUACUGCAAAGAAAAUAUUAAUGAAACAUUGUGUGAUCUUUAGGUCCGGCUCAUAUUUAAUGAUGUUUCGCAGGCGUGAUUCGAGUGUGUAGAUAUCAUUUAACAACAAAGAGCUGACAGUAAUAUUUGUCAAACCGAUGGUCCAAAUGUUCAGUCUCUUGGUGUGUUUGUAGAAAUCAGAUCAGAUUUUGGUGAUGUAAGAUAAUUGUACAGAUUCAAAACAUCAGGGAUGCCUGUGCAUCCUUUGUCCAAUGCAUUACUGCUGUCAUUCAGCAAUAAAAUAAAUAAAUACUA